AUGAAAUCAAAGACCCAGCAAUUUCCCGUCCCCGGCUCUUUCGUUCAAAAAUUGAGAAUGCGGUCUGAAAUCCGAGGUCUCAUCGUUACCAUCAACCCCUCAGAUUUACGGAGUCCACUUAUCAUCAUCCUGGCUAGUGUUGAGUAUUCCGACGACAUAUUGUCGGCCUCGAGCUCCGCUAUUCGAGGUGCGACCGCCACAUCCAACCCAGUGGCGGUUGCCUCAUUUUUCCAUAGUGUUUGUACCGCUAUUCUAGACGGGUUGUUCGCUAGCGGACGCGAUCGCACCGGGAUUCUUGGGGAUGUUUCAAAUCAUUAUGGCGUGGUUGAGACCAAUAGCAGAGGAAUGCUACAUUUACACGCAAUAAUGUGGCUCAAAGGCAACCUCUCAUUUACCAAUCUACGAAGCCGCGUUCUCGCCGACGCUAAAUUUACUACGCGUGUGCUCCACUACCUCGAAAGUGUCAUCAUCCAGAGCAUUAAUAAGAGUAGCCUCGUUGAUCCGGAAGUCAAUCUUGUGCCGAUAAGCCCUUCUGCUUCCGACCCAGAAUCGGAUCAUGAUUUCCACAUCAGGCUAGCCGAUGAUAGCAACCUCGUCGCUCGAUCUAAGCACUUCGCCACCUAUUUUAAAAACCGCCCAACAGACCGGUCUAAAAAAAUUUGUCGCUUUGGUAUGCCCCGUGAAAUCGUACCCUCGUCUAAGAUCGAUGAUCUUGGGAAUCCCGCCAUUGCCAGCUAUCUCCGUUCAAACCACGAUAUCUCCUGGCUCCCAACCGUCUCAAAAUCGCUGGCCCUAGUCUACUACAUCACCAACUACGCCACGAAAGACGACCUAAUAGCGAAGGGAGCACUCUUGAAGCAAGCAAUUAAAAAAGCAAAAGCUACCGACCCACCCACUGCUAAUAAUCUACGGCUUCGGGAAAGGAACAUAGAUAAUUUCGCGCUCCGUUGCUUUAAUAGCCUAGCGCACGACCGGGAAGUAAGUAGUGUUCAGGUCGCUAGUACCUUACUCCAUCUCCCUAACUACUACACAGUCGACACCAAAUUCGCUGGGGACAUAGCUCCAGUGAGUUUGUUCGACAACUAUAAAUGGCGGGGGGUCGACCUUGCUACCUUUUCAUUCUUUAACCAUAAAAAGCCUUUUCAGGACGGUGACCUUUCCAAUAUUACCCCACACCUGCCUAACUUUAAUCUAGUAGAUGAAGAUAGUAUGCUGCAGCCUAUACUGAUCAACGCAAGCAUGCCUAGUGAUUCACUAGUAAGGCUGGAUCUCGAAAAUCCGACACCGGAUUCUCUCCUCAGGCUGAUCGUCAAAGAUAUCCCACUAAAUACGAAGCAAUUACUCGUAGUGCGAAAGUUAUUAACUAAAAUUAUGUCGUGGACUAAACAUCCACACGACUCAUCACGGCGCGGACAACUACUUCUAUAUAUUACGGGCGAAGGUGGCACAGGUAAGACGCAGAUACCAAAGGCCAUCGAAGCCGCCCUGUGUAUUAUUAGCCGGAAGCACAAAAUUAUCCUCACAGCCCCUACCGGAGCCGCAGCAGACAAUUUAGGAGGGAACACCUAUCAUACUUCCCUUAGUAUCAAUCUUUCCUAUAAAGCUACUAUAAGCACCCGCGUUCGACGGUUAUGGGCACGAAAGACAAUCCUGGUGAUUGACGAAAUAAGCAUGGUGGAUCUAAAAAUGUUGAGUGUGAUCAACAACCAAUGCAAAGUCGCUCGGUCAUUGCCGAGAUCCUCUCCCGAUCUCUUUGGCGGCCUUCUAGUCGUGAUUCUUAUAGGCGAUUUCUUCCAGUUCCCUCCUGUUCGCGGUCCACCAUUAUAG